AUGCUUUGCGCCAUCAUCACGUGGCUGCUCCCUGUAGCAUCAGCUCUUCCUGAUGGAGUUUCAAGGAUUAUCUUUGACAAUAUAAAGACUCAGAAGAACUUGGUGUAUACUCCCGAAGAGGAGCUUCAGCAUUUCAGUCGAUUCGAGAGAGAGCUACAAGCCAAGGACGUGCCGUUGUCUUCCAAUGAGCUGGCAGAGCUGUAUGAGGACACAAGGCCAGCCAUCGUGCAAAGUCUCGUGGACGAGAUCAACUCCAAACAGAAUCUAUGGACGGCGUCCACUGACCAAGAGAGAUUCUACGGUAGGCUGAAGCUUUGCGGAACACUCCUUGAGGAGGCUGAAGGGCUCGAGGAGAAGGUCUAUCCACCAGGGGAGCUUGCUGCCAUUCCGAGUAGCUUUGAUGCCCGCGAUGCCUUCAAGGAGUGCAAGGGCGUCAUCGGUCAUGUCUGGGAUCAGUCGGCUUGUGGGAGCUGCUGGGCGAUUGCGCCAGUUGAGGCAUUUAAUGCCCGUCUUUGCAUCAAAUCGGGGGGGAAGUUCAACCAACUACUCUCUGCUGGCGAGAUGCUCGCGUGCUGUAACUCAAA